AUGAACGGUGUAUGCCAUUCUUAUGCCAAUACCGAUAAAGGAUAUGUAUCAAUUUAUGCAAGAGGUAGUUGUACGGAUCAAUCAUGGGGGUCUUCAGCUUGUUUAAGCGAGUGUAUCUACGAAGGGACAUAUAGCCAAUGGGGGCCCCUCAUCCCCUGUAGUAACAAUGUUGAUGCGUUCUUCUGUUAUUUUGCGGAACGUGACAAUGAUGGAGAGCAUUGCGAACAAAGAACUGAUGUUUUUACUUUGGUUGAGACUUCUAUCGAAACCACUAUCAAAACUUCAAUUGCGACUAUCUUCGUGACACCUUCUCCAAGUCCUUCGCCGACACCAGAUUUACCUUCACUCGAUACAUCCCUACGAAGUACACCUUCGAAUAUCGUUUCAGACAGUAGAUCUAAAACGACUUCAACUGAUGCUAACACCCCAACGAAUGUUUCGUCACCCGCCUCAUCUUCCGGACCUAAUCCCGUCAUCGUUGGGGGCGCAGUCGGCGGGUCUAUAGGGGCACUAUGUCUAUGUUUAAUCGCCUAUCUCGCAUACGCACUUGGGAAACGGCGUCAGGCUGAGAGAAUGACGCCUUCGGAGCCUAUGUGGCAGUUACCGCAUGGCCCGAGUCAGACUCAACGACAUUAUCCUACGAAUAUGCCUAUACUUCCAAUGGCAGUACACCAAUAUCCGCAUCCACCGGUAUCUCCUAGACCAGCAUUGUCUCCGGAUAGUAUUCCCCCACCACCUGCUGGUGGAUUGCCACCCGGAUAUACGCCAUAUAAUGCCCAGUCAUUCGGGCCGCCGUUAACUUGA